UUAAAGAAAAAACUCUUUAUUUUAUUGUUUAACGUUUUCCACUGCCAGUCGGACAGUACUACUGACCCACCACGGAAAAGGGUAAAACAGUAAAUAAACAUCAUAAACCCACGCUCCUCUCUCCCCUUUCUUUUUUUUUUUUUUUCCAGGUUUCGAAAUGAGGCGCGAAAACUUGCCAUUCUCCCGCCCCUUCCCGACCAAACUCUCCCUCCCUUUAUUUUCCACCUCUCUCCCUCUCACCCAAAUCCCCUCCCUCCUUCCCUUCCCUCUCUCUUCUCAUUUCAAUCAUUUCUCAUAUCUUCAUUUUUCUGUCUCCGUUGCCAAACGAACAUGCACCACCCACAGCCCCACAUUUCUUCAUCCGCCGCCGCCAGUGCUGCUGCUGCAGCCGCUGCAGCGUUUGACCUCAAACCCGCCAAACGUCGGGGCAGUUACAACUGUGGCAGAUGUGGACUUCCCAAGAAAGGCCAUGUUUGCCAAGUUAUCAACACUGAUAGCACCCCCACUUUAACUUCCACCCCAACCUCAACUCCAGCCACCACAACUAUCACCGAUGCUUCCUCCUCGGCAGCCCGUCCUCCGCAUCAUCCUCCACGUCAGCCCUACUCCCACCUCCGACGUGCUCUUUCCUUUGACGACAUCGACAUCCGCUGCGACUCGCCGGAACUUGAUUUAGAUGGCUACGAUUCUCCCUUUCUGGGAACGGAUCUGGAUCCGGAUAAUGAGAUAGUCUCCGGAGGGUUACCCGCGGGAUGUUUGUGGGAGGUCCUGAGGAGAUUGCCGCCGGCGGGGCUGAUGGCGGCGGCUAGGGUGUGUAAAGGGUGGAGGGAAACGACGAAGAGACUGUGGAGGGCUGCGGAGGAGCUGAGACUUAGGGUCCCACCGGGGGCUCAGCUCGGCUUCAUUGGAUCGGUUUUGCAGAAAUGCCCGAGCCUUGUUAGGCUUUCUCUUAAAAUGGAAAGUGAUGUGGAUGCAACGAUGCUGGCCUGCAUUGCGUUUUCUUGCCCUAAUUUGGAGUCUAUGGAGAUUUCCACAUCGGAAACAGCUGUCAAUCGGAUCACAGGAGAUGAAUUGGGUCGUUUUGUUGCCGACAAACGCUGUCUAAUGAGCCUUAAGAUGGAAGGAUGUUCUAAUUUAGGGGGCUUUGUCCUUUCUUCAUCAAGUCUGUCGACACUCUGGCUUUCUGAUCUUUAUUCACUCUCUAAGACGGUUUUUAACUGUCCCAAUUUGAAAGAGAUAUCCUUAGAAUUUUCUCGCCUAGAAAAUGAUACUACUGAUCUUUGUACCAUGAUUGAUGGUAUGGGAAGAUGUUGUCCAAGGUUGCAAAAUAUUCACAUUGCAUCAGUUCGUCUUUCUCAUGCUGUUGUGCUUUCUCUUACGGCUGCAAACUUGAGGGGCCUGCGAAUGCUUUCACUUGUUCUUGGCUCAGAAAUCACUGAUGCAUCUGUUGCUGCUAUUGCUUCAAGCUAUUCAAGAUUAGAAUUACUUGAUCUGAGUGGGUCUAGCAUCAGUGACAGUGGCAUUGGAAUGAUCUGCAAUGUGUUCCCGAACACGUUGUCAAGACUCCUCCUUGCUCUUUGUCCUAACAUCACUUCAAGUGGAAUUCAGUUUGCCACAGCUCAACUACCUCUUCUUGAACUUAUGGAUUGCGGGAUGACCAUAUGUGAUCCCAAUUCCCAGAAUUCACCCAGUGAUGAAAGUGGCAACAAUGAACUUCCAAAUUCAUUUAAUAGCAAAUUGCACCUCAUGUACCAGAAGCUUAUUAUCAAACACAGCCGAUUAAAAAAACUCAGUUUGUGGGGUUGUUCUGGCUUAGAUGCUUUAUGUUUAAACUGUCCAGAACUCAAUGACCUUAAUUUAAACUCUUGUAAAAACUUGCAUCCAGAGAGAUUGCUACUUCAAUGCCCAAGUUUGCAAAACGUUCAUGCAUCGGGAUGUCAGGAGUUGUUAAUUGGGGCCAUUGAAGGCCAGGUCAGUGAUAACUUGGCUUCUGUGGAAAAUCAUUUUCCAUGUAAGCGUCUAGCUGAUGGCUCUAAGAGGGUUCGUGCACCAAAUUUUCUCAGUCAACAGUCAAGUGAAGAUGAUAAGAAACGAAGGAGGAUAGUGGGACGACAAUGUUGUAACGUGCUUGUGGACUGAAAAUCCCAUUUUUUGAUACCUCUACUUUGCAUAGCAAUUCUAUUGUACGAACGCAUUGUUGUCUGUUGUCCUAAACACUAGAGCAGUUCUCAUAAUAAUUCAAACCCCGUCGUAAAAGGCACUCAAUUUGCCUUUUCCAUGUAACUGUGUUGUUACACAAACAUUCCAAGGCUGUUGCUGCAGUUUUUAUCCAAUAAAAGUUUAUUAUUUUAUCAAA